UUAUGUUUAUCAAUGCAACGAAGAGUAACGUCGAAUUUAAUCUGUUCUUGAUUACAAGAAAAUAAGAACGAAUUGCAGAAUUGUUAAUAAAAAAAUGCCAGAUAUUAAAGUCACUCCUUUAGGAGCUGGUCAAGAUGUUGGAAGAAGUUGCAUUCUUGUAUCAAUGGGUGGAAAAAAUAUUAUGUUGGAUUGUGGUAUGCACAUGGGCUUUAAUGAUGAAAGACGAUUCCCAGAUUUUUCAUACAUAGUUCCAGAAGGACCUGCAACUAGUUAUAUAGAUUGUGUGAUUAUUUCCCAUUUUCACUUAGAUCAUUGUGGUGCUCUACCAUAUUUUACAGAAAUGGUGGGUUAUACUGGCCCAAUUUAUAUGACACAUCCAACAAAAGCCAUUGCACCAAUCUUACUUGAAGAUAUGAGAAAAGUUGCAGUAGAACGUAAAGGAGAAAGCAACUUUUUCACAUCGCAAAUGAUAAAGGAUUGUAUGAAGAAAGUAAUUGCUGUUACAUUGCAUCAAUCUGUAAUGGUUGACUCAGAACUAGAAAUAAAAGCAUAUUAUGCAGGACAUGUACUUGGUGCUGCAAUGUUUUGGGUUCGUGUUGGUUCACAAUCAAUUGUAUACACUGGAGAUUACAACAUGACUCCUGAUAGGCAUUUAGGUGCUGCCUGGAUAGAUAAAUGCAGACCAGAUUUAUUAAUAUCAGAAUCAACAUAUGCAACAACUAUCAGAGAUUCUAAGAGAUGCAGAGAAAGAGACUUCUUGAAAAAAGUUCAUGAAUGUAUAGAUAGAGGUGGCAAAGUAUUAAUCCCUGUAUUUGCACUUGGACGUGCACAAGAACUUUGUAUAUUAUUAGAAACAUAUUGGGAGCGAAUGAAUUUAAAAGUUCCUGUAUAUUUUGCUUUAGGAUUGACUGAAAAAGCUAAUAAUUAUUAUAAAAUGUUUAUUACUUGGACUAAUCAAAAAAUCAAGAAAACUUUUGUACAAAGAAAUAUGUUUGAUUUUAAACAUAUAAAACCAUUUGAUAAAGCAUACAUUGAUAAUCCUGGAGCUAUGGUAGUAUUUGCUACUCCAGGCAUGUUACAUGCAGGAUUAUCUCUUCAAAUUUUUAAGAAAUGGGCUCCAAAUGAAGCAAAUAUGGUUAUUAUGCCUGGAUUUUGUGUCCAAGGCACAGUUGGACAUAAAGUUUUGAACGGUUCUAGAAGAAUUGAAUUUGAAAAUCGACAGAUUGUUGAAGUUAAAAUGGCAGUAGAAUACAUGUCCUUCUCUGCACAUGCUGAUGCAAAAGGUAUUAUGCAAUUAAUACAAUAUUGUGAACCAAAAAAUGUUAUGCUUGUACAUGGAGAAUUUGCUAAAAUGGAAUUCUUGAAAGAAAAAAUAAAACAAGAAUUUGGAACUAAUUGUUACAAUCCUGCAAAUGGAGAAACUUGUGUUAUCACGACUAUUGCCAAAGUACCAGUAGAUGCUUCUUUAGCAUUGUUAAAAGCUGAAGCAAAAAGAUAUUCGGCUUUGCCACCAGAUCCUAAAAGACGAAGAUUACUUCACAGUGUUCUAAUGUUACGAGAAGACGGAGCAUGUCUUGUAGAUGCAGAUGAGGUAACAAAAGCUGCAGGUAUAACGAAACAUGUAGUACGAUUUACAUCCACUGUUCAAGUAAGAGAUCCUGGACCAGCACAUUCAACGACUUUAAAAUUAUUACAACCAUUGAAAGAAAGACUAUCAGGUUGGACAGUUCAGCUAACAGAUGGAUCGAUAUCUGUUGAAUCUGUUUUAGUAAAAGUAGAAGGUGAUGAAGAUGAUCAAAAAAGUGUCUAUGUUUCAUGGACCAAUCAAGAUGAAGAUUUGGGUAGUUAUAUUUUAGGAUUUUUACAAACUAUGUUGAACUAA